AGGAUGUGAGACAGUGGCACACAAACUCAGGCCAGAGCACCUCAGUCGCAUUGCUGCUGCUGCUUAUUCUUCUUCUUCUUCUUCUUCUUCUUCUUUUAAAGGAGCACUUGCUCCAAACUUUUCCAACUUUGUAUUAUUAUAAUUUAUUAAAUCAAAUUCAGUUUUUAAAACAACACGUUUUUAAUUAUUUUAUUUUUUGUGGGGGAUAUUCGGCAGUUCUGGUCAUGGAUGGUUGCGAUUCAUCUGUGGAUCACUAGACUCUCCAUCAUCCAGUGGCGUAGAAUUACACACACCUCAGGGAGGAUGGGGUGCAGCUGCAGUUCGGAUUACUAUGACGAAGACUGGAUCGAGAACCUGGACGAGGUCUGCGAGCACUGCAACUGCCCGCUUCCGCCGCAGACCAGCAAUCAGUAUACCGACAGCCUGCUCCCACCAUACAACCCACAACAAACUCCUCCCACCUCCCCACUUCCUGAUAACCUGGUUGUAGCAGUAUACAGCUAUCAGCCAAACCACAGUGAUGACCUGGGCUUUGAGAAAGGCGACAAGCUCAAAAUUAUAAACACAGAUGACCCUGAAUGGUACCUGGCCGAGUCUCUGGCCACGGGGCAGAGGGGAUUCAUCCCGUUCAACUUCGUGGUCAGAAUGGAAGGCAUGGAUAAAGAACCGUGGUUUUUCAAGGACCUCUCCAGACUGGACGCGAUUCGGCUCCUCCUGGCCCCUGGAAACACGCAGGGCUCCUUCCUGAUCCGGGAGAGCGAAUCCACCAAAGGUUCCUACACCCUAUCCGUGAGAGACCUGGACAACAACGCCGGCGACACCGUGAAGCACUACAAGAUCCGCAACAUGGACAAGGGCGGCUACUACAUCACCGCCCGGAUAGCCUUCAGCUCCCUGUCCGAGCUGGUGAAGCAUUACUCGCGAGAGGCCGACGGCCUGUGCACCACCCUCAGCAAGCCCUGCCAGACGCGCAUGCCGCAGAAGCCCUGGUGGCAGGACGAGUGGGAGAUCCCCCGCGAGUCACUGAAGCUGGAGCGCAGGCUGGGGGCGGGGCAGUUUGGAGAGGUCUGGAUGGGCAUCUAUAACAACCACACCAAGGUGGCCAUCAAGAACCUGAAGGUGGGCACCAUGUCCCCCAGCGCCUUCCUGGCCGAGGCCAACCUGAUGAAGAACCUGCAGCACCCGCGCCUGGUGCGGCUGUACGCCGUGGUCACCCAGGAGCCCAUUUACAUCGUCACCGAGUUCAUGAGCAACGGGAGUUUGGUGGACUUUCUCAAGACGAGCAUGGGGGCCAGCCUGACCAUAAACACCCUGAUAGACAUGGCAUCUCAGGUGGCCGAGGGCAUGGCGUUCAUUGAGCAGAAGAACUACAUCCACCGGGACCUGCGGGCGGCCAACAUCCUGGUGUCUGAGGACCUCAUCUGCAAGAUUGCCGACUUCGGCCUCGCCCGCCUCAUCGAGGACAACGAGUACACGGCCAGAGAAGGUGCCAAAUUCCCCAUUAAAUGGACGGCCCCGGAGGCCAUAAACUACGGCACCUUCUCCAUCAAGUCGGACGUCUGGUCUUUCGGCAUCCUCCUGACGGAGACGGUGACCUACGGCCGAAUCCCCUACCCAGGGAUGACAAACCCGGAGGUGAUCCAGAACCUGGAGCGGGGGUACCGCAUGCCCAAGCCGGAGAACUGCCCGGACGAGCUGUACAGCAUCAUGAACCUGUGCUGGCAGGAGGCUCCCGAAAACAGGCCCACCUUCGAGUACCUGAGGAGCGUCCUGGAGGACUUCUUCACUGCCACAGAACAGCAGUACCAGACCCAGCCCUGCUGAUGGCUCAGAACCAGGGGAACUUUACACACAUGCACACACACACAUGCAUACGCACACACACAUACACACACACAUACACACACAUGCACUAACACACACACACACACACAUACGCAUGUACACACACAUGCACGCACACUCACAUACAUACAAAAACACAUGCAUACGCACACACACCUACACACACGCACAUACACACACAUACACACGCAUGUACACACACAUGCACGCACACUCACAUACAUACACACACACACACACAUACACAUCCACACAAACACACACACACAUACACACCCAUACAGACACACAUACACACGCACGCACACACACACAUGCAAGCACACAGACACACACACACACACACACACACAAAGGCCAUCCCAUGCAAACAUGCUAUGGACAUGCUACUAUCAAACAUACCGCUCACACUCUGAGAGAACUGAAACGUAGUACGAGAUGCCAUCUCACAGUUUUUCCUCACACGGUCAGUCUCCUCUCUGAGCUGGAUUUCGUGCUGUCUUUCCCCCCGUUUUCCAGCUUGUUUAAAGAAGAUUAUCUCCCUGUAUCUAAUGUAAAGGUUUGAUUCUUUGUGUGUCCUACUCUGAUGCGUAAAAACAGAAGGGCCUUUCGUAAGAGGUAGCACGGUUCAGUGAGGCUGUAUGGGUGAUAGAUAGAUGAUAGACGGGUGAAGAGAUUUAAACCGCAGAUUGAUCUCUGGUUGCAGCCUCACCUACAUAAAUGGGAAAUACUGUGUGUACUCAAGCACUGUUAACCUUUAUGGGGUAUAUUUUUUCUUUUUUUUUUUACAAUAGUAUUAGUAGGUGAGCUGCAAAUAAAAAAAAACUGAAAGUGUCAACUGUGGAGUGCGUGGGUUGACAAUCAAUCCUCUUUAAACUCUUGGAAGCUCUUCUAAAUACACCUGCCAUCCUUUGUAACUUUAUUCCUAAAAAAAUAUAUAUAUUAUGGUAGUGAUUCUGGUAUGCUAUGUUUGAAUAAAUAUAAAGUACUUGUUUUGUGCUUGUAAGAAUAAUAGGAUUGGUACUAAUUUCAUAUUUUAAUGUGUUCUUGUCAUGUGUUUUUGUUUCCUUUGCUUUUUUUGCUGUAAGUGUAUGUGUAUUGAAAACUGAGUACAGAAAUAAACACCAUGUACUGUGUAAUUCA